AUGAACAGAGGCAGAGGCGGCUUUAGAGGAGGGCGUGGCGGCAGAUCGUUUGCCCCCGUCGGUCCCCCCAACCAGGUGCUCGAAAUGGGGGCGUUCAUGCACGCUUGCGAAGGCGACAUCGUCUGUCGCCUGAUCAACGUCAAGAUCCCUUACUUCAACGCCCCCAUCUACCUUGAAAACAAGACCCAAGUGGGUAAGGUCGACGAGAUCCUCGGGCCCUUGAACGAGGUGUUCUUCACCAUCAAGCCCUCGGAAGGCGUCAAGGCCGAGUCGUUCAAGCAGGGCGACAAGUUCUUCAUCGCCCCGGACAAGUUGUUGCCGUUGGAGAGAUUCUUGCCCAAGCCCAAGCAAGUGGGUCCCAAGCCCCCGAAGAAGAAGGGUGCUCGCGGCGGCGCCGGUGGCGGCCGUGGCGGCGCUGGCCGUGGCGGCAUGCGUGGUGGCUUCCUGAGAGGCGGCGGCCGUGGCGGUGCCCCCAGAGGCGGUGGCCGUGGCGGCUUCCUGAGAGGUGGUGGUCGUGGUGGCUUCUCUCGCGGCGGGGGUCGUGGCGGCCGUGGCGGCAGAUACUAG